AUGAUGCAGUAUAUGCUCCUCUUCAGUCGCCAAGGCAAGUUGCGACUUCAGAAAUGGUACACCGCAUAUCCCGAUAAGCAAAAGAAGAAGAUCUGCCGAGAACUCAUCACUCAAAUCUUGGCCAGAAAACCAAAAAUGUGCGCAUUUCUCGAAUACAAGGAUCUGAAGAUUGUGUACAAACGAUACGCAUCUCUAUACUUCUGCUGUGCCAUCGAACAAAACGACAACGAGUUGAUCACGUUGGAAGUCAUUCACCGAUACGUCGAACUUCUCGACAAAUACUUCGGAAGUGUAUGCGAGUUGGAUAUCAUCUUCAACUUCGAGAAAGCAUACUUCAUUCUUGACGAGUUCCUUCUUGCUGGUGAGAUUCAGGAGACUAGCAAGAAGCAAGUUCUCAAAGCGAUUGCCGCUCAAGACCUUAUUCAAGAAGAGGAGACUCCACAAGGAUUCUUCGAAGAUCAUGGUCUGGGAUAA